CAGUAUUAAUGUCACUGCAACAAAUAAGCUCCCGAAAGGUUUCAGUGUCGACCUCAUUCAUCGUGACUCACCUUUAUCACCCUUUUAUAACUCCCCAAUGACCCACUCGGAGAGCCUCCAAUACGCUGCGUUGCGGUCCAGGGCUCGAGCUAAUCGCUUUCGCCAUUCUUCUAUGGCUGAAACAAGUGAGUUAGUUGAAACUGAUGUAUUCCCAAAUGAUGUAAUAAACUACCUGAUGAAGAUCUUCGUUGGUACUCCGCCUGUAGAGAGAUGGGCAGCUUUAGACACAGGAAGCGACCUCAUUUGGUUCCAAUGCUCACCCUGUCCUCAGUGCAACCCUCAAAACGCACCGUUCUUUGAUCCCAAAAGUUCUUCCACUUAUGUGUCUCUACCAUGUAACUCAACCCCUUGUGAAGCUCUGCCCUAUUACUAUGAUGCGCAAGGCCAAUUAGAGUCUCCUAAAUGUGGAACAUCAAAUGAGUGUACGUAUUAUUAUACGUAUGCGGAUAACACAUACACUAUGGGAGAAUUGGCUAAUGAGUCUAUUAGUUUUGAAGCAAGCGAUGGUGGGCAGGCUGUUGCAUUUCCUAAUACGGUGUUUGGAUGUGGACACAACAACAAUGCAACUUAUGGAAGGUCCUCCACAGGACUUGUCGGGCUUGCUCAAGGUUCUUUGUCCUUAGUUUCACAAAUGGGGAAUGUCGGUCGCAAAUUCUCGUACUGUUUGCCUCCUUUUGGCCAUCAGUCCACAAGUAAACUAAGAUUUGGGGAGGAUGCCACCAUAUCAGGAAAUGGGGUUGUUUCCACUCCCUUGAUCACCAGAUCUGAUACGAACUUUUACUUUCUCAAUCUUGAAGCUAUCGUUGUUGGACGACGAAGAGUGCCGUUGACAAGUCAAAGUGAUGGAAACAUAUUCAUAGAUUCUGGGACCACGUUGACAAAGCUUCCAUCAAGCGUUUAUAACCAGGUUGAAGCUUUGGUGAAGCAAGCCAUUGGAGCCGACCAAUUAUCAUUUCGAAACAUUUACAACCACUUGUGUUAUAAAAAUGCUAGCUCCAUCCAGAAUGUUCCAAAUUUUAUGGUUCAUUUUACAGGAGAAGCCGAACUUUCCUUAAAUCGUCAGAACUUAUUCCGUUAUUUCACAUCCGAAGAUUCUAUGUGCUUUGCAAUGAUUCCCACAGAAGCAGGCGGAAUGCCCGUUUACGGAAAUGUUGCUCAUAUUAAUUUUGAAGUCCAAUAUGAUCUUGAUCGGAAAAAACUUUCUUUUGCUCCUGCUGAGUGUACUAAACAGUAGAGACUCAAGAAUACUACUGCCUAUAUGU